AUGCCUCGUAACAGGGCCUUCUCUGAGCCAGAGUACUCUGCCGAAUAUUCAGCAGACUGCUCAGUUACUCUCCCCUCCGAUCCGGGCCAAGCGGUUGGACGCACCCACGAGGUAACGGUACGUAGUUCCGGCUGCUGUUUAUGUCUGCCCCGCUUUAUGCGACUGACUUUUGCACCGGACUCCCUGGAGAACCUCUACCAGACCUAUUUCAGACGUCAGCGGCACGAGACUCUACUGGUGCUCGUGGUGUUCGCAGCGUUGUUUGACUGCUACGUGAUCGUAAUGUGCGCAGUGGUGUAUACGAGCGACAAGCUGGCGUCCGUGGCCGUGGCUUGCGUGGGGCUGGCGGCGGACGUCCUGCUCUACCUGUUGUGUCGCUAUGGCCUGUUGCCCGACCGCAUUUCUCGGCGGGUAGUGCCCUACGCCCUAUGGGUUCUAAUAGCCGCCCAGAUAUUCUGUUACCUGGGCUUGAACUUUGCACGUUUCCACCAGGCCAGUGACACGGUGGGCUGGCAGGCUUUCUUUAGUUUCUCCUUCUUCCUGACGUUGCCACUUCGGCUCACGCCCAUCGUUCUCAUCACCACCGUGUCUUGCGGAGUCCACACCUUGGUGUUGGGGGUGACGAUCGCACAGCAACAACAGGAGGACAUCCAGGGGGCUGCCCUCGGAAGACAGUUGCUGGCGAAUAUUGUGAUUUAUCUCUGUGCCAUCACGGUCGGCGUCAUGUCCUAUUACAUGGCUGACCGGAAACAUCGAAAGGCCUUUCUGGAAGCCAGGCAGUCCCUGGAGGUGAAGCUGAACCUAGAGGAGCAAAGCCAGCAGCAGGAGCGUCUUCUCCUGUCCAUCCUGCCCAAACACAUAGCAGACGAGAUGCUGCAGGACAUGAAGAAAGAGCCCAGUCAAAAAGAAAUGCAGCAGUUUAACACCAUGUACAUGUAUCGCCACGAGAACGUCAGUAUUCUCUUUGCAGAUAUCGUGGGUUUCACUCAGCUCUCCUCAUCCUGCAGUGCACAGGAACUAGUCAAACUGCUCAAUGAACUCUUCGCCCGCUUUGACAAGCUGGCCGCGAAAUACCAUCAGCUGAGGAUUAAAAUCCUUGGAGACUGCUACUACUGUAUAUGUGGCCUUCCAGAUUACCGUGACGACCAUGCAGCCUGUUCUAUUAUGAUGGGUUUAGCCAUGGUGGAGGCUAUCUCGUACGUGCGAGAGAAGACACAGACGGAUGUUGACAUGCGGGUAGGGGUGCAUUCUGGGACUGUUUUGGGCGGCGUGUUGGGACAGAAACGCUGGCAGUACGACGUCUGGUCCACAGAUGUCACCGUGGCUAACAAGAUGGAAGCGGGAGGAAUACCAGGGCGUGUGCACAUUUCUCAGAGUACCAUGGAGUGCCUUCACGGGGAGUUUGACGUGGAGCCUGGUAACGGCGGCGACCGGUGUGAAUACCUGAAGGAGAGGGGUAUUGAGACCUACCUGGUGGUGGUACCCAAAGGGCCAGUGGGUAGAAAUGGCAUCAAUGGGGUAAAGCUGUCGGUGACAUCAUCCAACGGUAAUUCUCCGCUCUUGAUCAACACGACGGAAUGUAAUGGGAGCGUCCACACGGCCUGCACAACACCGGAAGAACCGGAGGAACUGGAUACAAGGGUGGUGAAUCCUUCCUUCCCAAACCCACGGCGACGCUUACGGCUGAGGGACCUGGCGGAGAGAGUGAUCGACGCUCAGGAGAACGAGCAUGAGCUCAACAAGCUUCUAAACGAAGCGCUGCUGGAGAGAGAGACCGUACAGGCGCUGAAGGGGAAACACACUAACCGUCUGUCCUUGCGUUUUGUGGACCCUGAACUGGAGACGCGAUUCUCUGUGGAGAAAGAGAAGCAGAGCGGCGCUGCUUUCAGCUGCUCCUGUGUCGUUCUGCUCUUCACUGCAGCUAUGGAGGCUCUUAUAGAUCCAUUGUUGAUAGCAAACUAUGUGACUUUGGCUGUUGGUGAGAUCCUGCUGUUAAUUCUCACCAUCUGCUCCCUGGCAGCCAUCUUCCCCAGGGUAUUUCCCAAGAAGUUGGUAUCUUUCUCCACGUGGAUCGACCACACGCGCUGGGCACGCAACACAUGGGCCAUGGCCGCCAUAUUUAUUCUCACAAUGGCCGACAUCGUGGACAUGCUGAGCUGCCGAGCGCCGGCGAUCCAUCGAAUGAACAGCAGCGUGUCUGACAUGUCUCCGACCAUGACCGGAAUGGGGGGUUGCCUAGAGAACCCCAAGUACUACAGCUACAUCGCUGUUUUAGCACUCAUUGCUACUACCAUGCUAGUGCAGGUUAGCCACAUGGUCAAGCUAACGCUAAUGCUGCUGAUCACCGUGGCAACAGGCAUUGUCAACAUCUACAGUUGGAGAGAUAUCUUUGACCAGUAUGAUCUAACUCGCUUCGAGGAGUACAGAGUAGUCGUGAUUUUGCCAUGUCAUGCUAACGGGCUAAUGCUAAAAGAGAUUUGUUUUUUCUUUUUUGGUUUUGUCUGCAGAGUUAAUCUGAUCCCCUCCAAAUACACCACUACUGUGAUGAUCUUCAUCAUGAUGGUCAGCUUCUACUAUUUUGCACGACAUGUAGAGAAGCUGGCCCGGACUUUGUUCCUCUGGAAGAUUGAGGUCCAUGAACAGAAGGAGAAGGUGUACGAGAUGAGACGCUGGAACGAGGCUCUGGUCACCAACAUGCUCCCCGAACACGUGGCCCGACACUUCCUAGGCUCCAAAAAGAGAGAUGAGGAACUCUACAGCCAGUCAUAUGAUGAAAUUGGGGUCAUGUUUGCCUCCAUCCCCAACUUCUCUGAUUUUUACACAGAGGAGAGCAUCAACAAUGGUGGUAUUGAGUGCCUAAGAUUCCUCAACGAAAUCAUCUCCGACUUUGACAGUCUUCUGGAUGAGUCCCAGUUUCGUUGUAUCACCAAAAUCAAAACCAUUGGCAGCACCUACAUGGCGGCUUCUGGCGUUACUCCAGACAUAAACACCAACGGCUAUGCCUGCAUGAAGAAAGAAGAACUGUCAGACAGGGAACGCUGGCAGCAUUUAGCCGACUUGGCAGACUUUGCUCUGGCCAUGAAGGUUACCCUCAUGAACAUUAAUUACCAGUCCUUCAACAACUUCAUGCUCCGCAUCGGACUCAAUAAGGGAGCGGUCCUAGCUGGAGUAAUUGGUGCACGGAAGCCUCACUAUGACAUCUGGGGGAACACUGUGAAUGUGGCCAGUCGUAUGGAAUCUACAGGAGUUAUGGGUAAUAUUCAGGUGGUGGAAGACUGCUACAUCAUUUUGAAAGAGUACGGGUUUCGUUUCGUGAGAAGAGGCCCCAUUUUUGUGAAGGGAAAAGGGGAGCUACUCACUUAUUUUCUGAAAGGACGUGAGAAGCAGGGUUCUUUCAUCAAUGGCUCCUCUGUUACAUUACCCCACCAGGUGGUGGACAGUUCUUGA